AUGUCUCGUUCAAUGCGAUCGGCUUUACCCUCACGCGAACGGAUUGAAAUCGAUGCAAAUCUCGAUUAUCUUGAGAAAUAUCAAACCAACCCAAGUUUUCUCCUUGUUGAGCCUACUACUAGCCAAAACUCAGUUUCCUCUGUGUCGGAGGGAAGGUAUUUCAGAACGCCGUCAUUGACAACUGCCAAUACAGCAUCAGACCCAAGUCUUGCAUCUUUGUACGGAGAUAAUACAAACCUCUCGCGCAAGCCCCAUCCAUGUCGUGGGGAAGCCCAGGCAUCUCAUAUAACUGCCUCGGAUGGUCAAAGCUACUUGGAGCUGGGAGGACAAUUUGUCACAAAAAACGAUAAUAGGUCUCUGUCUUCACAAAAAUUGCGAGCAAACCGAAGUAUACCGCAGAGAUAUGUAUGUUUGCUUUGCGAAAAAGACGAACCAGUGGAAUUAUCUCCUAGACCUGUUUUCAAACGACAUGUGGAGGAACAACAUCAACCUCGCCACGUUUUUCGCUGUCCAUCUUUGAAAUGCGUCUGGGAAACACACCGAAGAAGUAAAGUUUUGCCCCAUAUUCAAAGAAUGCACCCAUCAUAUGGUAGUGUAGACGAAAAUUUUAUCACUGGACUUGCAACUCCAGAGGCAAUACCUCAGAAAUGCCCAAAAUGCGAUCAAAUUGUAACCUCGUGGGAACAAUGGUUCCGAUGUUUUGAAAGUCAUUGUCACUCAGGUCCUCAGUUGACUUUUCCAAUCGACCAUCAGCAUGUUCGUCACCCACCUGUAGAUGAUUCUACACUGUCAAGAAGCCCCAGAAGUGUUAUCGAAACUGUCAACAGCCCGGUUGAUACUGUAUUGCGAACUCCGAGCAUGAAGAGAAAAUUUAGUUCCUCACCAGAAAACAAUAAUACCUCUGCGCUUCACCCAUCUUCAGCAAAACAUCCAUUUGUGAAUCCUAUAAUUUUGUCUAAGGAUCCUGAGACAGUAUCAGAAUUCACAAUUAAGAAAUUGGGGAACGCAGAUGUCGAGAAAGAUAAGCUGGAGAUACCAUCAGAAAUGAAAAAUCCAGUCCCCCCACAUCUUCCACGAUUCGCUUGUCCUUUUUUCAAACGAUGGCCCGACAGAUUUCGAAACUGUAGUGGCUCUGGUCAUAAAAAGCCUGCUCAAGUGAAACAACACAUUCGGCGUAGACAUAAACGACCCACAGAACCCGCAAAAGGCCUAGAUGGACUUGAAAGGCGUGAUACAAUACAAAAUACAGCUGAUGAAUAUGAUCUGUCUCCUGCGACAGAGAAUAUUUGGGCAUCCGAACAUCAACUACAGGAGUUAGGAAAGCGGAGUAGCAAAAGGUCUGACCGGGAGAAUUGGAACGAAAUUUACGAAAUUCUGUUUCCAAAUGACCCCUUUCCUCCAGAUCCGUACGUUGAUACUUCUAUACCAGAAGACGCGAAUUUCGUUCGAGAGAUAUUUCUUAGAGAUGUGCUACCAGCUCACGGGAAUCAUAUCCGAGGAGUUUUGUUUGGAGAGCUUUCAGAACAACGCAUCUCUAAACUCAAAGAUGAUCUAAAUGCGAUAAGUAUUAACGGGUUUCAAAAAAUUUUCGACACAAUUCGAGGAAAUAGCACUUCCAGACCACAGCCAUUACCUGUACUUCAAGGGAAUCGGCCAGGCUUCAGGGAUUCCUUGCCUCCUCAACCCGUCAAUCAGCCAACAGGACAUAGAAACUCUGAGGCACAAUUGGGUCUGCCCGAUCUAUAUUCGGUUUUGCCUGAAGGAUUUGGCGUAUUUGAUGAGCUAUUUGAAGAUCUCACAGAAGAGAACGACAGAAAUGGUACCUAUGAGACAGACAUCACUAAUACUAGCUGGCAUACUGACAGUUGA